UCCAACCCGGCCGAAUAGGAUAAUAGCGCUGCACGUUGCGUCUCCAUUUCCACUUCCCAGACGAUGUUGCUCUCCACAUGAAUCGUUGCAUGACAUCAACCCGUAUCCGUCACGGGGAGCCUAGGCACUUCUCCGAAAUUCAACAACAGAAGCUCUUUUUCAAGCUGCCGCGUAUUAUCCAUUUGUAUUGCCUGUUGCUCAUACGCCUAUUAAUAAUUAUUUUGGUCGAUCGCAAGCAUUAGUGGGAACCGUCUGCCCCGGACAAGCUCCAGCCGAUAGCGAUAUAGCUGUCUCGGUUCCUGAACGUAGAUCCGCGCCGGCUAUUCUGCGAUUUAGGCGAGGGGUAAUAGAUCAGAGCGUGCUUGCGUCUGAGCGCUCGUCCGGGGAAAUAAAAGUCUCUGGGGGAUCAGCUGUUGUUUCUUUCGAAUCCUUGUCGAGCUGUGCAUAUCUGGGAAGGGCAGAGACUACGGAAGUUAUCCAACGAGAACCAUGUUGAAGUCCGCAUCACCGACAGGACGUCGUUCACUUCAAGGGCUCUUUUCGAGACGAACCCUUGCGAACAACAGCUCAGUUCAAGAGCGAUGCUAUCUUCGGCAUUCGAGGCAAUUUACAUCGUCUAGCGCUCUCCGUCGACCGGAAGCUGGACGUCCAGCACAAGAGACAUCUGAUCAAGGGCACCAUCAGUCGUCUGCAGGCAGCAAUUAUGGCCUGAUCGCAACCACGUUUGGCGCGGCAGUCGCGCUCGCGUCUCUAGGUGGUUAUUAUAUAGGGACCGGAAAGCAGCAACAACCAGCAGCCCUGACAAGUUCUACAACACCGUUGAAGGAUAUGCAGCCUCCGCACCAUGAUACUUCCCCGGAGAACAUCAAGGCAGCUAUUGCAGAAUUUAAGGAGAUAGUAGGAGAGGACAACGUCAUGAGCGACAAAGACGCAGUAGAGACAUAUGCCACUUCAGAUUGGUCCUCCUAUACUCCCAAAAAGACCGAGGUCGCCGCUGUUGUGGUCUCUCCAUCGACGACGGAGGAAGUCUCCCGCAUAAUGAAAGUUUGCCACAAACGACUACUACCGGUGACUGCAUACGCAGGAGGUACCAGUCUGGAAGGUCACUUCGCGCCAACAAGAGGGGGAGUGUGUAUCGAUUUUGGGAAUAUGAAUCAGAUAUUGAAACUCCACAAAGAUGACCUGGACGUUGUCGUGCAGCCUGCAGUGCAGUGGGAAAUGCUGAACGACGAGCUUUCAAAGGACGGACUCUUUUUUCCUCCAGAUCCUGGUCCUGGUGCCAUGAUUGGAGGCAUGGUUGGCACAGGCUGCUCAGGAACCAAUGCCUAUCAUUACGGUACAAUGCGUGACUGGGUCGUCUCAUUAACCAUUGUCCUCGCUGAUGGCACCAUUAUCAAGACCAGACAGAGACCUCGCAAAUCCAGCGCUGGGUACGAUCUGACUAGGGCGUUCAUUGGCAACGAGGGUACACUUGGGCUGGUAACCGAAGCAACUCUGAAAUUGGCCGUCAAACCGAGCGAUGAGAGUGUGGCGGUAGCAUCCUUCCCGACUAUUCACAGUGCCGCAGGAUGCGUCUCCGAGAUCGUCAAGGAAGGGGUGAACAUCGCAGCAGUAGAGCUUAUGGAUGAUGUCUUGAUGAAGAUCAUCAAUAUGGGUAAGGGAAGCGCUCGAACAUGGGACGAGGCUCCCACGUUAUUCUUCAAGUUCGCAGGCACCCCAGAUUCAGUCAAAGAACAGGUCUCGAUCGUGCAGAAACUGGCGAAGAAGGCUAAUAGCAAGACGUUUGACUUUGCUCGCAACCGUGAGGAGAUAAACGCAUUGUGGAGCGCAAGGAAAGUAGCUCUUUGGAGCGUCUUCGAGAUGAGAAAGGAUCCUGGUGAUCAUUUCUGGACUACCGAUGUUGCUGUUCCCAUCAGCCGCUUGGCAGACAUCAUUGAGGAGACCAAGGACGAAAUAAGGAAAAGCGGCCUUGUAGGAGGUAUCGUCGGGCAUGUUGGAGAUGGUAACUUCCACAGUUUUCUUCUUUUCAAUGAAAAUGAAAAGAAAACCGCAGAAGGCCUUGUCCACCGCAUGGUCAAGCGUGCUGUGGAAAUGGAGGGUACUGUUACUGGAGAGCACGGUGUUGGAAUGAUCAAGCGGGAUUACCUUGCUCAUGAACUGGGCGAGUCUACAGUUGAUGCUAUGCGUCGAAUGAAACAAGCGUUCGAUCCUUUGUGUCUGCUCAACUGUGACAAGGUUGUGAGAGUCCAGCAACCGAAACCAGAUGAAGUUCCAGAGUGGUAGUCAUCCACUUGAAAUUCGAACCUGUGGGACUGGGAGAAGUGGCCAAUGCGAAAGGCGUUAACCUACUGAAGUUAUCCUCCAGCUACAGUGGCUAGGUAUUUUGUCCGCGUACUUUGGACAUUGACGUCUCCGAAUAUUGCGAUAUUGGCGCCUGGACGCUGUUCCCAUAGAAUACACGAGAAUGGCUAUGCGCUCUUUCUCGAAUCAGUGGCCAUCAAAGCCUGUACAUAAAUACGCAUUUAAUGAGUCGACUGAAACGUUAAUGGGAAUAAAUGGAAGCGUAGAUCACUGAGAUUAAGU